UCUCUCUCUCAUCGUUUCCUCCGGCAAUCAUUUGCGCCACCCUUCUUCUCUCUCCCAUGAUCUAUUUAACAUGCACCCAACCUUUUGCUUCGCAGCUGCUUGUUGCCUGCAUAUAAUUCUGUUCCUCGCCUUGCUUCUCCUUUACUUACUCCUCAUCUACCCUCCCUCGUCUUCUCCAUCAUCACCUUCCACGCGCGCGCCUGCCUCCUCCUCCCGCUUUGCUUUUGCGCCACUACAAAAGACCGAGAUCAGUAUCCAGCGCUGCACCUCACAGACAAUUCUCCUGCAUAAACUACUUCCUGGGGCUCUCUUCCAAGAAGAUCCAGCUAGCGAGAGAAUUCAGCUGCAGCGGGAUCUGCGCGUGCGCGCUGGAUUCGAUGGGCCUCGAGGUCGCGGAAAUCUCGGAAUUGGCGGCUCUCCGGCCGAUCCAGACCACUGCAGUCAGAGGCGCGCUGGCCACGGCAGCGGCAGCUGAUGACCACGAUGCUGCCACUGCUGCCGACACUGGCUGCGUCACACCGACGGCGAGAGCCACGGCGGGAGAAGCUAAAGACGAUGCUGCCGGGGACGGCAUUGGCUGCGCUACGCCGACGGCGAGCGAACUCGAGGAGGCACCGCAGCGAGAUGGUGGUGCCGACGACGCCAGCUGCUACGCUACGCCGAUGGCGUGUCGAACCACCAUGCCGCUAGACGUCUGUGAAUUCGACGCCGUCGCUGCUGCCGGCGACGCAGCAGCUGCGGUGAACUUCACCACGCCCACGUCCGACGAGUCCGCGCUAAGGCCGGCCACGGUGUGCCCGCCGGCGCCGCGGAAGCUGCCCCCGGCGCUGAAGAGGAAGCUGGCGCCGCUGCAGCAGCGGCUCUUCUACCCGGUGCCGCUCGACCUGGCCAGCGUGUUCAAGCCCGCGCCGCCGCCGGCGCCGCCUGCCACCAAGAAGAUGCGGGCGCACGUCGUGGAAUCAUCGCUGCCGCUGGGCACGUGAAAAGCGACGCUCUUUCUUCGUUCCAGCUGCAAUUCGACACUGCGCGCGCGCGCUCCGGGGCAUGCAUGAUCGACGCCAUUGGCAUUGCCACGCGCGCACUCGCUCGCCAACGGCAUGUGUUUUUCCCUUUCUCCUUUCCUCAUGCAGAUCCAUCCAGACUGAAUAAUCGAAUUGUACAUAUGCUGCCAGCUGCCAACACGUACGUGCCUACUUCAGCCAAUUGUCUUCCUGUAAAUUAUGCAGCAGACUGCAUCGCAUCGAUCGUGGAAUCAUAUAUACGGAGAUGGACGACGACUACGGGGAUUAGUUAGCCUCGAGAAUUCGCCUCUCCAGGGUGGCGAAUUGUCAGUAUUUCUCCCCUCACAUCUCUCCUGAGGAAUUGUGUAAACUCUACAAUCUGUACUGCCUACUUUGAUGAAUGAAUGAAUUAUAGAGGUAUCAUAUUUCUGCCUA